AUGGCAAAACAGCGUACCUUGACCGUCGCCGGACAGACAGUAACUGAGCUAAGCGACACUCAACCCACCGACAUUGAGUAUCCCGAGACACCAGACCACCCAGCCGUACACCAGCGAGCUCCUCCCCUCCGGCCCCUCGGAGACCACACACCCCAACGCGGCCCUCGCGAGCCCGUUGCAGUCCCCAAAGACCGCGGACUUUUCGCCAAUCCUGACCUCCCUAAUCUGUUUGCAGACCCGGCGGUCACCCGGCUAGAUCUUACCCCUUCGCUGGGUACUUUGAUCAAGGGCCUGCAGCUGUCCUCUCUGACGGAUGCACAGAAGGAUGAGUUGGCACUUCUAGUGGCGCAUCGCGGAGUUGUGUUCUUUCGAGACCAGGAUAUUACGGCGCAAGGACAGCGCGAUUUGUUUGAUUAUUAUGGAAUCCCAGAGCUCCUCCCUGACCCAGAGGACGAGAAAGCAAAAGGAAAUCCCAUCAUUAACAACAUUCAAGAACAGGAGCAAGACUUCCGAGCCACAUACGUCCACUUCAAGUGGCCGUUUGCCGACUUCCACGCGGACAGCAGCUUCCAAGCCAAUCCGCCCUCGUUCUCUCUGUUGAGGAUUGACGAGUUGCCACCCACCGGUGGGGAUACAAAUUGGAUAUCGGGAUACGGCACAUAUGAGACCCUCUCGAGACCCCUGCAGGUCUUCGCUGACACUCUCAGUGCGUGGCACAGUUCAGCGCACGUCUACGACUCUGUUCUCAACCACUGGAAUGCCAAACCCGGCGAGCGGCCCAUCGAAACGCUGCACCCGCUCGUCACAACACACCCAGUGACCGGCUACAAAGUGCUGAAUCUCAGCUCCGGCUUCGUGACACGUCUCGACGGCUUGAAGCGCUACGAAUCGGAUAAGCUGCUCGAGCUACUGUUUACACAUAUACAUACCGCACAGGACCACAUGGUGCGGUUCCGCUGGGAGAAGAACUCGGUUGCCCUUUGGGAUAAUCGGGCAACGACUCACCGCGCGACUCAUGAUUAUGCGCCUCUACAUCGGCACGGGGUGCGCGUUACAAUCAAGGGACAGGUUCCGCGGCAGGUACCUGGAAGUCUGAGUAGAAAGGAAGCGGUUGUACAGGCGCUCAAAGACGGUAACGUGCAUGCUGUGCAUGAUGAGAAUACACGGAGGGGGAAUUAUGAGGAGAGAGGGUAUCCGAAGGUAUGA